AUGGAUGAGUAUGGAGUUCCAGAUCUCCGGCAGCUGAUGGCCUCAAGAACCCAGUUUUGCACGACCUCACAAUUCCAAGAGCCAUUUUCAGCACAUGGAAAUCUCACAGCUCAACCUAAUUACCAGCCCAUGCUUGUUCCAGCUGGUGGCUUGGUUGAUCAUCUUCAUCCUCCUCAUUAUUCUACUAUAAUCAACGGCUGUGGUGCAGCUCAUCCUCCUAAUGCUGCUGCCACCACUUCAUCAGCUGCUGCAUUGUAUGGGAUAGAUUUGGAGCAUGGACAUGGAUGGAAUAAUAAUAUUAAUGUUGGCAUGAAUGCUGCUGAUGGAGGAAAUAAUAUGAAUUACAGAUGGCCAAGACAAGAAACUCUUACCCUUCUUGAGAUUAGAUCUGGUCUUGAUUCCAAGUUCAAGGAGACUAAUCAGAAAGGACCCUUGUGGGACGAAGUCUCUAGGAUAAUGGGUGAGGAACAUGGAUACCAGAGGAGUGGGAAGAAAUGCAAAGAGAAGUUUGAGAACUUGUAUAAGUACUACAAGAAAACAAAGGAAGGCAAAGCUGGGAGACAAGAUGGGAAGCACUACAGGUUCUUUCGUCAGCUCGAAGCAAUUUAUGGAGAUCAAACCAGCAAUCAAUCGUCAACUUAUGGUAGAUUGAACCCUCGUCUUUAUCAUCACACUACUCCAAAUGACACUGUUAACCCUAAAAAUCAAGAAGUGGUGCAAGACCAAAAGCACAUCAGUUGUGAGAGCCUUAGUUUCUCCAAUAACUCAACUGAAUUUGAUCAGACCUCAUCCUCGGAGAACAAUGAUGAUGAUCUUUCAAUUUCAGCCAUUGAUUAUUUUAUGAUGAAUCAAUCAAUGGGGAGCCUCAAGAAUGAGAAACAAAGUUGUGCAAGGCCGAUUAAUAAGAAGAGCUGGAAAGCAAAGGUGGAGGAUUUUGUGAAUUCACAGAUUGGGAAAGUAAUAAACACCCAGGAGGCUUGGAUGGAGAAGAUGUUAAAGAGUAUUGAACAUAGAGAGGAGGAGAGGAUAGCUCAAGAAGAAGAAUGGAGGAAGCAACAGGCGGCCAAGUUCGAUCGAGAAGUGCAUGAAUUUUGGGCUAAGGAGAGAGCAUGGGUUGAAAGCCGAGAUGCUGCAAUAAUGGAGGCUCUAGGUACAUUUUCAAGACCAGGAAUUAGUAACCACGACAAGGACAAGGAUGACAUUUCAAACCUUCAAAUUCCUUAUGAUACUAUUAACAGAUGGACUGAACAUGAGGUUGCAAGUUUAAUAAAGCUGAUCAGGACAAGCUUGGAACUCACAAUUCAAGACGGUGGGUGUUUUAAGGAGGGCCUAUGGGAGGAGAUAGCUGCAAAAAUGGGUUGCUUGGGCUAUAGAAGAAGUGUAGGAGAGUGCAAAGAGAAAUGGGAGAAUAUGAGUGUUUUUCCCAGAAUGACAGCAGAAUGUAACAAGAAGCACAAACAAGAUGCCAAAGCUAACAUGUACCAUGGCCAACUUUCUUGUUAUGAAGGCCAGCAGGAAGUUUCGAAACGACAGCCGGAUGGGAUGGGGCUUCAACUAAUGGAUGGAGGGCUAUCACCAUCAAGUUCUAAUAUGGAUGUGAGCUCCAGCUCCUUUCACGUGCAGUUUAAUGGAGGAGAAAACUUGUGGGACAGAUAUGGAACUGUGAAGCUCAGCAAGGGAAAGAACCAGUAAGUUUAGAACAAGGAAUUUAAAUAAAGAGAAAUAUUUGACUU